GCAACAAGCGGCUGGUGUCAGCUGACAUCUUCAGUAGAACAAGAAUGGCUGGGCCAGGGAAGGAUAGUGCGAUCUCGCACUCCGACUUUCAGCGCUGCUUCCCGCUAUUUGUCAGUUUCCUACACUUCGUUUUAACAUGUCUGCAGCUUGCUGGAGGUCAGGAGCAAGCUUUCGUACAGACCGACUACAGAGAGCUGCGGCACAUGGUUGACGGCGCUCCGUUACAGGGGUCGGACGGACAGACAUUUGGUGCAAGACCGUCAGAAGACAAUUUCUGGGAUCACAGAAAAAUCCGGUUAAAGCCACCGUUACUGGACUUCGAAGAACAGCCUGUCGGAAUCCCCAAACUGGAAAAAGUUGUUGUAAUCAACCCCAGCCGAAAAGAAAGCCUGCGAUUGGAGGCCGUGUCGGGGACAACGCUACAUUUCCAUUCUUCAUUCUUUCAACAAAAGUUACUGCCUCCGGGCGGAAACACGUCCUUCGAUGUGGUCUUCCUGGCACGGAUGGUGGGCAACGUCGAAAACACACUAUUUAUUCAAACAAACAAAGGCACUUUUCCAUACCAGGUUUUCGGUGUGGGUGUGCCCAACCCCUACAGAUUAAGACCGUUUCUGGGGGCGCGUGUGCCGCUAAACAGCAGUUUCUCCCCAGUCAUCAAUAUGCACAACCCCCAUAGUGAGCCACUACAGGUUGUUGAAAUGUACAGCAGUGGUGGUGACCUUCACCUUGAGCUGCCCUCAGGUCAGACAGAAGCACCACAGAAACUAUGGGAAAUCCCUCCCUAUGAGACGAAGCCGGUCAUGCGAGCGAGUUUCGUCGGCAGGGAGGAGAAAAAUCACACGGCGUUCAUCAGGAUAAAAACCCUCCCCCACCACGAGUCCCUCAUCCUGCCCGUGGAGGUGGAGGUCACGUCAGCCCCCGGUAUCUACUCCUCCACAGAAAUGCUGGAUUUCGGCACACUACUGUCAGUUGAUGAACCGAAAACUUUACAGCUGCAUCUUCUAAACCCCAUGGCAAGAGACGUACAAAUUACUAAUAUAAAGUUAUCAUCACCAAACGAUGCAGUAACGAUAGACUACAAACCGGUCACACUCAAACCGUCGGUAGGAGGGAGGGAUACAAAAGUGGCCAGCGUUACGUUCUAUGCAAAUAAAGCCACCACCCACAGGCAGUGGGCAGGCAAGAUAGUCGUCAAGUCCAAGGACAAAAACAUCCCGAAGCUGGAGAUACCCUACCAGGCGGAGGUGCUGCACGGGACUCUUGGCUAUGAGCAGAACUGUACCCUGUUCUACAUCAGUCCUGGUACAACAGAGCCCAUCGUUCGGGAGGUGAUGCUCACCAACACGUUCGACUUCCCCGUCGUGGUGCAUAACGCAACACUACCUGAGGAAGCUCAGCAAUACUUCUCUAUUGUUGACUUCGCGGAGCCAGUGACAAUCCUUCCCCAGAAGAAACACGUUCCAUUCCUGCUCAAGUUCUUGCCAGACGGGGUGAACUCGGUUCUCUCCACCUUCUUGCUGCUCUACACAAACAUUUCCAGAUUCUCCCUACCAGUGCAAUCAUACUCAGGGCUGCUAAAGGCUUCAGUUCACUCAGCGGACAACUCGUUAGAUUUCGGCACCAUGGGCUCCAAAGACAAACGCAGCAUGACCUUUUCUGUCACCAACAGUAAUCCAACCGAGGUUACGAUAAACGCGAUCAACACCACCCUGCCGAUGCACGACACCAGGUUUGAGAUACUGGGGGUGGAGGAAGGAAAUGGGACGUACCUAACCAUGGAGCAUAGAGACCGACCACAAGUACCGUUUACGUUGAAGCCGCACCACUACUCAGUCUGGCUGGUGGAAGUUGUUGCACCGAAGGAGGAGGGAGUCUUCCAAGGCAGCUUUAACAUCAUCACAGAUCAUGAGACGUUGCAGAUUCCCAUGUCAGCCCGGGUGGCCCUGGGCAGCAUCACCGCUAAAGAGAUUAGAUUUCCUGCUACAUUUCCUGGAAAGGUUGCCCACAAGUCCAUAUUUGUUCAGAGCUCCUUCUCGUAUAAAACCAAAGUGGACUCCUUAGUUCCAGUUUCACCUGCAGAUGAUCGCUUCUACUUCAAAAAGAAGGACUCCAUUAAAACAGAGGUGGAACCCAAUAAAAAGACAAAGAUUGGCACUCUGUUCUUUGACCCAAGGCUGGAGUGUUUGGAUGACUGUUAUGUUGGAUUGCCAACUUCUACAGCAGAUGGGCACCAAUGGCUAUCAAGUCUGACUCUAGACAAGGAAGCGGGCGACAUAGACUCUCAGCUAUAUCAGAACUUUCUCACAAAGUGGACCGAUCUUAAAACGUCAGGCCAAACAAGUCCGAAUGUGACCCUGCACAUCAGCACGUCCCUAGUGAAGGGUCCCCUGACCACGGCAAGUGUACAGCUCCAAUUCCCAACCCUCGUUACCGACCAGAACCUCGACUUCCCUCUCACACAUGUAGGCGGCAAGUCGACGAGAAGGCUAACGAUACAGAACCCAGCAGACGUUCCUAUCCUGGUGCAACUGGUCCCCCUGGCACUCUACCCCAAUGCCUCGUCUGUCCUGGAGUACAUACACCACUCCAUUGAUCCCCACAACAAGAUAUUUGAAUUGACGGCCGACAGUGACAUCUUUUAUAUCCUGGACACAGAAAACAAAAACGUGUCUACAUCUAGAAGCAUAGCCACGCAGAGGUCCAUGGUGGAAAGCAAGCUCGGUGUUCGUCCCAACAGAACGGUCGUGACGACGUCCAUAGCGCCAGGGGCGGAGUUCUCUGUCCAUGUGGGAUUCACACCGAAAAGCUCUGAGGCACAAGUUCUGACGGCUAUAUUUAUCAGGAACAACCUGACGAUCCUGGAUGCUGUGAUCGCCUCGGGUCAGGGUGCGCGGGAAGAGUUCCGUCUGGGCAACAGGAAACCCGGCAAGGGCACCAAGCUCAAGUUCGACCUGAAGGAGGAGCAUCUGGCAGACUGUAACAGAACUCUAAAAGCAAGGGUCCCCAACUUCACGGUCAGGAAAACGUUUAUGGCGAAGAACGCGGGUCAGCUGCCCAUCCAAGUGACUCAGAUGGAGAUUAACGGACAGCUGUGUCAGGGUUACGGGUUCAGGGUCCUGAACUGCGAACCUUUUACCAUCAGCCCGAAUGAAACGCACAGAGUGGACAUCGCUUUUACACCAGACUUCACGCUCGCUCAGGUACAGAGGGAGUUGUGGAUAACAACGGCACGUGAGCAGGUCCUGAAGUACACUCUCCUAGCCAAGGUCCCCCACAACAAGCUCGGCCCCUGCGCCGCCGCCAUGCCCCGACCCCCCUGGGAGCACAUGCUGUACGUUUCCUGCGCAUUCCUCAUGACUGUCUUAUUUAUUGGAGUCCUCAUGGCAGCUUACCUGGAAUCAGAACGCAUCACCGAGCCAUUGAACAGAAGAAACCUGAGCAACGACUUGCAACAACACCAGCAACAGCAGAAUUUACAUCCGCCGGACAAGUUAAACCCUUUCGACUUGAGGAGAGAUGUGGAUAGAGGAAAAUCCUUACAUCACGAUGUUAUGGACGGUACCCACGAUCAGAAUGGUAGCACGGUAAAACGUAAAAAAGACCCCUCCCCACCGAGUGGGGGAGGGUCUGUAACACCGACACUGCUGAACAACAGAGUAGUGACCAGCCAAGCAGUAAACAACGGCAAGACCAACAUUACUGUCGUCAGUGAGAAGAAAUUCUUACCCGACAAAAUAAAACACAACAACCUAGGCAACCACGGCCAAGCGUCGUUUGUCGACAACAUGCACGAAGACCCCAACAGCAAACGCACCCGGCCCUCGAAACAACGCAACCUCGAGGACUGGGAAACACUCGACACCAUGGAAAACUGUAAAUCUGAAGACAGAUUCGAUGAAGUAGAACUCCCGCCAAAAGCAAAUAAGGAUGGAAAAGGUCGAAGGUCAUCAGAGCCGCUAACCUCUUUGCAGGAAGACCUUAGUUUGGAGGCAACGCAAGAAUCGCCAAAUUCUUCCUCGCCACAAAGACGAGGGGGAAAAGUAAAGCCAAAGAGAAAGUUGAAGACAGCGCUAAGAAGAGAAGAGAAAGAGCGCCGAGCGCGGGAAAGAAAGGAGGCCAUGAAGGAACCGAUCCCCGACGACGCCUCGUCGACAACGACGGAAAACUCCAACCCAGAUCUGGAGUCCAUUGACAAGGACAGCAAAGAUACUUCUAGCGUUCUCUCAGACCUUUCGGACCAACUAGAGCCCUUCGGUCCCCCGGACCACGGGAAGGAUAAACCAAAAACCAAGUCCAAGAAGGAGCCCCUGACAAUGGAUCCCGAGGACUUCAAGCCGUUCGAGAAGGCUCGAUCAAAAUCACGCCGGUCGGACAAGGAGAAUCUUUACGGCAAUGUCAUGCGGCCGAGCUCCUCGGAAAUGUCAGGAUUGUUACUAGAUUUUACAGAAGAGGGUAUAGCACAAGCAGCAGAGAGGCGAAGACGUACUUUGGAACUCCCGUACACGACGGCGCUGGAAGCGAGCGAGAGACAGGCCAAAGGGCUGACGUCUCCUCACUCCAUCGCAGCCAGUGUGGCCAAGAGAGCGCUGAAGAAGAACAGGAAAGGCAGAGAUGAGAAGAGUGACACCAGUAGUGAGGGUGGAAAGGACUCCCCUCCCCCUCUGUGGGACCUCCCAAAAUCAGGCUCCGCUAGUGAAGACAGCUUGCACCAGCUCUCCCUGCAGACCCGACAGGCAGGACAUCUCCUCCGUGAUGAGAUCCUCUCCUCCGGCAGUCUGUCCCCCUCAUCCCCCACCCCCCUCACAGGAAACGCCCCCCAGGUCGCCAGCCGACUGACCGGCAGCAGCUAUAGCAGUGUGGUCAGCGGCGCCAACAAGCGGAAGACGGUUUCCAAGACCCUGUCGGCACCGAUGGACCCCCUGGCUUCUGCCUUCACCCCGGCUAGCACGUCUCAGAAGAACCCAGGAGUGAUUGGCUCCAAGACGAUGCCCCCCAAGUCCCUGUCGAUGACGUCCCUGAAGCGGAACCCGUGGCGGCCGUCCGGCCCUGACAGUUCCAACACCAGUUCCGAGAGCAGCAGUCCAGGUGCAUCCUGGGCCGGCGCUCCACAGCGACUCACCAGCGGGUUCACCAGCGAGGGCAAUGUGCCGUCGGCAUUCUUCAGCGAUGGCAAUGUCUAG